AUGAGAUUGUUAAGCUUUACUACAAGGUUUUUCUUUCUUGUUUUCUUCUUCUUAACUGUAUUGGAAUUGAAUAGCAGCAAUAUUUGGGUUCAUGGGCAAUGUUUGAAUCAUCAGAAGACUUUAUUAAUCCAGUUGAAUAAAAGUCUUAUUUCUUCCUCUCAUAUAUUGCCGUCUAUCAUAAAGUUUUCAUCGAAGCGCAGUUCUUGGCGUUCGAAUACUGAUUGUUGUAAAUUUUGGAGUGGCGUUGGUUGUGAUAGAAGUGGUCAUGUUACCAGUUUAGACCUGAGUAAUGAAUUCAUUCACAGUGAACUAAAUAGCACCAGUAGCUUGUUCAAGUUACAAUAUCUUGAGAGCUUGAACUUGGCUUUCAAUAACUUCAUUUUGACACCAAUUCCGCCCGGCUUCGGCAGACUCAUCAACUUAACUUACCUUAAUCUAUCAAGCUCGGGUUUCAGUGGGCAGAUUCCAGUUGAGCUUUCGCGUAUGAUAAGGUUGGUAACACUUGAUCUAUCUACUUUUCUACCUGUUAGUAAUUCAUUAACAUUGAAAAAUCCUGACCUUGGUACACUCAUUCGUAAUUUGAAAGAAAUUAAAGUACUUUGGUUAGAUGGUGUGAACAUAUCAGCACACGGUAGCAAGUGGUGCAAAGCAGUAUCGAGUUCUAACGGUCAUAAAUUACAAGUGUUGAGUUUGUCAAACUGUUAUCUUUCAGGGCCUUUUGAUAAAUCUGUUUUACGGCUUCGAUCCCUCUAUGACCUUCGACUUGACCGCAAUAAUAUUUCUGCUAAAGUACCGGAGUUCUUUAGUGAAUUCCGUAACUUGACUUCCUUGCAUCUUAAUGGUUGCGGGUUGUAUGGAAAAUUCCCAGACAGUGUCUUUCAGUUACGAACACUUCGAAGCUUACAAGUGUCAGAUAAUAAGCUCCUUCGAGGUACUUUGCCAGAAUUUUCGGAGGAUAAAUUGCUACAAGACUUAGUGCUAUCGGAUACAAGCUUCGCAGGCGAACUACCACAUUCUAUUGGCAAUCUCACACUCUUAUCCCGCUUAGAGCUUGAUAACUGUAGCUUUAAUGGUUUAAUUCCCACUUCAAUUUCAAACCUUAACCAACUCCAAUUUCUAUACCUUUCAAUGAACGGUUUCACUGGAGUUAUCCCGUCAAUCAAUUGGCCUACGAGUCUCACAGAUAUAAACCUUUCGUAUAAUCAAUUUACAGGUCCAAUUCCUCCUGAAUGGAACAAACUCCCGAAACUAGUUAAUCUGAAUUUGAAGAACAAUUCGUUCAAUGGGACAAUCCCAAGUGCUUUGUUUACUCUGCCUUCACUGCAGAAGCUAGAACUUACGAUGAAUCAGUUCACUGGUGGUCUGGACGAGUUUCCCAGUGGAUCUUCUUCUUCGCUGGAGUAUCUUGAUAUUAGUAUGAAUAAGCUGCAAGGACCUAUUCCAAUGUCAAUUUUCGAUCUCUCUAGAAUAAAAAUUCUCACACUUUCUUCAAAUAACUUCAAUGGCACUUUAAGUCUUGAAACUUUUUUCCACAAGUUCAAGAAUCUUUCAAGUCUUGAUCUUUCAGGUAACAAAUUGUCGAUCACUUUUAUUAGUGAUAAUUUUACAUUGUUUCCUCAAAUUCGUUUAUUGAUGUUGCGUUCUUGUAACCUCAGUGUAUUCCCUGCUUUCUUGAGUAACCAAUCUAGACUGAACUAUCUGGAUCUCUCCGAGAAUCAAAUGAAAGGGAAGAUACCGAACUGGAUUCAUUUGAUCGGCGAAGGAUAUCUUGGUUAUUUAAAUCUUUCAUAUAAUUUCUUGGAGGAUCCUCAACUGCCCUUACCUCCUAAUAGUUUUAAUUCUUUGUCUAUCCUUGACCUUCGCUCCAACCGUCUUCAAGGGAAGAAUCCAAUCUUACCAUCAUCUGCCAUCAUUUUGGAUUACUCAUUGAACAACUUUACCACCAUCAUCCAAAAUAUAUCUUCUUACACAUCGUUCACUUUGUACUUAUCUCUAUCAAAUAAUCAACUUAUUGGAGAAAUACCUCAGUCUAUAUGUCAAGCUGGUUAUCUUCAAGUUCUUGAUCUAUCUCAUAAUAACUUGAGUGGAGAAAUACCCUCCUGUCUAGUUGGGUUCAUUCCCAGUCUUGCAGUUCUAAAUCUAAGAGGAAACAAUUUCGAUGGAAUUAUACCAGAGAUAUUUCCAGAAAGUUGUACACUAGAGACACUCGAUCUCAAUGGAAACCAGUUUGAAGGCCAGCUGCCAAGAUCGCUUGUCAACUGUGCAAUGCUAGAGGUCUUAGACCUUGGUAAUAACCAAUUAACCGGUGAUUUCCCUUCCUGGUUGGGAUCUAUGUCCAACUUGCGGGUUCUUGUGUUACGGUCCAACAGAUUCCAUGGUCCCCUAGGGAAUACAACUGGUCUAGGAUUCCAAAAACUGCAGAUAGUGGACAUAUCUUUCAAUAAGUUUACGGGCACUCUUUGCAGCAAAUGCUUCUUCAGUUGGACUGGGAUGAUGGUGAAUGUAGAUGAAACACAAUCAAAUCACCAGAUACUAGGAUUUAAGUUCUUAGAGCUGAGUCGUUUGUAUUACCAAAACAAGGUGACCGUUACAAGCAAAGUGCUAGAUAUAGAACUGGUGAAGUUUUUUACCACUUUCGCAUUUAUCGACUUCUCAAAUAAUGAAUUCGAAGGAGAGAUACCUAGAGUGAUUGGAAAUCUUAGCUCUCUAUAUGCUUUAAAUUUGUCAAGAAAUGCUUUUAGUGGUACCGUCCCAUCAAGUAUCGGUAAUCUUGGGCGACUUGAGUCGUUAGACCUUUCCCAGAAUAAACUUACUGGAGAGAUCCCACUGCAAUUAACAGAAUUGACUUUCCUUUCGGUCUUAAAUCUCUCUUUUAACCAACUUGAGGGAAAGAUUCCAUCAGGCAGUCAAUUUCAAACUUUCGAAGUGAAUUCUUUUGAAGGAAAUGAUGGAUUAUGUGGGGCACCUAUAUCUAACAGCUGCACUAUCACUGAGUCUUCCCCACAAAAUGGUUGGAAACCUGACAAUGAGUUACAUGAAUUUGAUUGGGUGUUACUGAUGGUGAGCUUCAUGGGAUUUCUAGUGGGUGCAGGCAUGAUUAUUGGACCUCAAUUUUUCUGGAAGAAAGGAAGAGAAUGGGCUAAUGAACAUCUGAACAAAUUCCUCAACAUCACUUGA